AAGUAGCUCCCAGCGCACCGGAAGUGGUGCCCCGUCUUCGGCAGUGCUGACUGUACCCAGGCAUGGCGCCCAAAGGCGGUCCCGGCGGGCGGCAGCAGUCGGAGGAGGAUCUGCUGCUGCAGGAUUUCAGCCGCAACCUCUCGGCCAAGUCCUCCGCUCUCUUCUUCGGCAACGCCUUCAUCGUCUCUGCCAUCCCCAUCUGGCUCUACUGGAGGAUAUGGCACAUGGAUCUGGUUCAGUCCGCCGUGUUGUACAGCGUGAUGACUCUCAUCAGUACCUACCUCGUGGCGUUUGCCUAUAAGAACGUCAAGUUCGUCCUCAAGCACAAGGUUGCACAGAAGAGAGAAGAUGCUGUUUCCAAAGAAGUUACUCGCAAGCUUUCUGAGGCAGACAACAGGAAGAUGUCUCGGAAGGAGAAGGAUGAAAGGAUUCUGUGGAAGAAAAAUGAAGUUGCAGAUUAUGAAGCAACAACCUUUUCCAUCUUCUACAACAAUACUCUCUUCCUGGUCCUGGUCAUCAUUGCUUCGUUUUUUGUGCUGAAGAAUUUCAACCCCACUGUAAACUAUAUCCUUUCCAUAAGUGCUUCGUCUGGACUGAUCGCCCUGCUGUCUACAGGAUCCAAGUAGACCAAAGAAAAAGCAAUUUGUUUUUGUGGGAGGGUUCAACUUCUGCUUGAGGGUGGAAUAAAAAUAGUAUUUUUUUUAUAAUGGGACUGCCUGAGGGUUUGGGGGGAGGUUUUCAAUUGAAAGUUCAUUUACCUUUGGUAUCUUUAUAUGGUAUUACUCAAUAACCGAAACUAAUAUUUACUUGGUAUUGAAAGUAAAUGGCACGUGAGUUGUUAUCAAACAACUUUCCUGAAGCAUUUCAUAGAUGUGAUGUUACUGCAGACCAUUAGACAGUAUGAGUCAACCACAAGGGACUGCUGCACAGCAGCACAGAACAGCUAUAGUCAAACCCCAGAGUGGAAUUCCCCUGUAAACUAUUAGGAGAACUGCAGUCUGUAAUCAUAAAAAUUGACAAUCUACCCCUUUUCAUUGUAACAUGCAAAGUUUUAAUAAAAAGGAGACUUUCUGUCAUUAAACACCUUGUAUUUCCUUUCUCAGUUCCUCAAAGUGGGUAUCUCUGAGUGAGAAAUGUGUGUAGGUUCGUCAACUCUCUCUAUCAUAAGAGGAGUCUCCUGCAAGUCAGUGUGGGAUUGCUUUCAUUGGAAAUACUCCUCAUUUUCAAAUAACUUUGAGAUAAAAACCUAAACAGUGAAAUUUUCCUAGGAAAAUGUUCUUUAACUGGUUUUCAUCUCAAGUCAUAAAUAAAAAAAAAAAAGAAACCAGUUUUUCUGGCACAAUUGAACUAAAAGGCCCUGGCUGGCUCGCUGUAAUGACUUUAUCAGGCAGUCCUUUUUCUUUCUUUCUGGCUAUCAGUGAGGCAGCUGUUGUGUGAAAUGCUUAACUUUACUGCUAUUCAUGGAGUUAUACUUGGAAGUUAUGGAUACUGCUGUUACAUAGCAAUCCCAAACAAGGAAGAGAAAUCUUAUAAUCAGAUUUAAUGUAAAAAUUACUUUGCUAAUCUUUGUGCUUCUAUGAGAUUCGUAUUUAUGUAUAGUUCAGUAAAACAAAGGUUUGAAACUUCAGGAGAUACUCCAAGGCAAUCCAGGUAGCAUUUGCUCAAUGUGAGUCCUCUGUAGGAAUUUGAAACAGGUUUUUCUAUGCUAAGUUAUCAGAUUUUCAGCUUCUGUAGUUUUCUGGCCUGCUUUGAAGCUCUGGUGCAAGGGCUAGUGAUGGAGGAGCAGAGCUGAGAGCUGGAUUAAAACAAUAUUGUGACCACAGCAAGAAUGGCUAAGAAGCAUAUUUCUAAUACUGGUUUGGAUGGGUACAGUGCCAGUACAAAUAUGAAGCAGUAUCAGCCUUAUUACUACUAAGUCUUUAGCACAUGUGAAACAGCAUCUGACUUGCAGUCAUUACACGAUGUGAGGCCUGUUCUGUUUCACUGCUCGGCAGCAGGCUCCUGCUGGCAGCACAUGGCAUUUGGAUUCAGUGCCACAGACAGGCAGUGCCAGUUCUCCAGUUAGCUGUCAGUGUUUGCAGGGAUGAAGGCUGCCCUAUCAGAAACUUUGCAGGUGUAUUUUUCAUGAAAUCUGCCAUCUGGAGAACAGUGAUUUGAAGCAGCCCUUUCUUCUGCUAUUACUGUCAGCCUGCUGAGUCUUUUAUCAGCAGCUUUGCGUCUCACCUUGUUUUUUUGCCAUUGCCACUUCCCGAGGCCUGGAGCACAGUACGUGUCAGCUUUUCUGAAGAGCAAAUGCUGCAGUGCUGACAGCCUGAAACAAGUGUUUUUCAUGGGCGUUCUCAUGUGUUGGUUUUGCAUUUUUCCUUCAGUUCUUUUUCUGGACUUCUUCACAGAAAAGCAUUGGGAUUUGUUGUUUUAGGGUCAGGAUGGCUUUGUUUUCUUUAAUGUCCAGUACAAGCUGCACACUGCUGCUGAAUUGUGAUGC